AUGCCGCAGCCCGACUCAGUUAAGGCCCGUCUGGCUGCUCUCGACCGCAUCGACGACGAGCUGUGCGCCGUACUACAGCACGCACAGGCCACCAUCGGCGCCCUUGCAGAGCUGAAGCGUGGCCACGCGGCCCUCCAGCCCCAGCUUGAACAGCACGUCCGCGACUACUAUCGCACACUGGAGCACAGCACAGUUGCACUACGCAACGAAAUCCGUGAGCUGGAUGCUGCUGUGGGAACGCAGUUGUUACCGGUCAAUAUCGGUAAGCGCGCGGUGGGACAGGACCAAGAGAAGCUAAGCGAGCAGCUGGCACAAAUGGACAAGUACGUAGGCAGUAUGUAG